GCUGGGGGAAGCUGGUGCGGAGGCAACCAAAUCUGCUCUACAUUCUCCUCUGUUCUUCACUUCUUCGUUACCAUGAGUUUAUUCAACCUCAGGCAGACGAUGAUUCGUAACACAGUAAGGCGAACGACUGGCAUGAAGUUCACGACAGGAGCCUCCAUGAAGCAAGGCCAGGGAGCAGAGGGUGAGACGCGUCCAGUUGUCUACGAGUUGCGGACCUACAGUCUUCAUCCUAAUAAGUUACGGGAGUACUUGGACCUAACAUCCAAGGAGUUCCACCUUCGCACCGCACACUCCAAGCUGGUCGGGUUUUGGACCUCCGAAAUCGGCGGCCUGAACCAAGCGGUGCACAUUUGGGAGUACGGCAGCCUGAGCGAGCGUGCGGGUGUGCGGGCAAGGCUGGCUGGUGACCCUGAGUGGGUGGGGCGCUACUUCGGCCGCAUCCUACCCAUGCUGCAGUGCCAGGAGAAUGCUUUGCUGACCUUAUUACCUGGGACUCAGUUAAGCCUCCCACUGAACAAGGGCGUUUACGAGCUUCAGACGAUGCAGAUGCAAGGAGCACCAGGUUUAUGGUCCAAGACGCUGUCCCAGUGGGUACAGGCAUGUGAGAGGGCGCGCCAAAAUGCAGGGACACAAGCAGUGGGUGUUUGGGGCUCUAUACUGGGCCACAGGCAAACGGCAAUAGUCCUGUGGCAGCACCCAGAUCCUGAUGGCUGUCUAGCUCUCGCUGACGCCGCCUCCAGUCUGCCUGAGGGCGACACACUGGCACCUUUGGUAAUUGGGUCCCACAGCAAACUGCUGCUGCCACACGCCGUCUCUCCUCUACAGUGACCUUCAAGAUCAUUUAUACUGAUUGCUCAAAAUAAUAAACUUAAUUUUGAAUGACUAUGGUUUCUAAAAUUGAAUUGGUCUUGAGCGUGUGAGGGGUGGUUGCGUGGUGUCCCUGGUGUGGAGGGCGAGUAGUGAGGGGUGCUAUUGGUGGAAGGGGCUGAAGUGUUGGGGGUAAGGGGUGAUAUCACGUUGGAAAAUGGGUGACUUGUGUAGAGUGAGUGUUUGGGGUGAGGAGUGAUAGUAAUAUUGGAUGAGGGGUACGUGGCUGUAUGGCGAGGGACUGUUUGGGGAGAGGCUUGAUUAAGAUGAGUGCUUCCUUGUUCUCCACCACGUACGUCAUCCUCCUCACCACCACCACCGCCACUUUGCACAUUGCCUUACAUUUUCAAACCCUCCACUGGGUAGAACAAAAAUUCUUGGACUUCGAUUAGUUUCAGUUGCGUUGGUCAAUAAGUGGGUGCCUUGGGCCUUGUCUCUUGUACUCGUUAUUAUCAGUGACCUAGCUUAUGUUCAACAGAGGCAGGAUAUGAGAAUGACAAAUAAAUAAAUAAAUGCAGCCAU